GAACCGUCCGUCGCUGAUCUCUCUCCUCCUCUUUCCUCGUGUAGUGCUGUAGGUACUGCUCUCUCUGUCUCUCUGAGGAACAGCUGCUCUCUCUGAUGGCUUCUACUUCUUCCUCUACGUCCCGUAAGGACUCCGCUGCUCCGGUCCCGGUACCGGCCGCUACUCCGGUACCAGCUUCUACCGGAGGAACCCUGGACUCUCCGGUGAAACAGAUCCAGAUCGAGGGUCUGGUGGUGCUGAAGAUUAUCAAGCACUACCAGGAAGAGGGCCAGGGCAGCGAGGUGGUUCAGGGCGUCCUGCUGGGCCUGGUAGUUGAAGACCGGCUGGAGAUCACCAACUGCUUCCCCUUCCCCCAGCACACCGAGGAUGAUGCAGACUUUGAUGAAGUCCAGUACCAGAUGGAGAUGAUGCGUUCUCUGCGUCACGUCAACAUUGACCAUCUGCAUGUGGGCUGGUACCAGUCCACCUACUAUGGCUCCUUUGUCAGCAGAGCGCUGCUCGACUCCCAGUUCAGCUACCAGCACGCCAUCGAAGAGUCAGUUGUACUCAUCUAUGACCCCAUAAAGACGGCACAAGGCUCCCUGUCCCUGAAGGCCUACAGGCUCACCCCCAAACUCAUGGAGAUCUGCAAAGAGAAAGAUUUCACACCUGAGGGCUUGAAGAAGGCUAACAUCGGUUUCGAGCAUAUGUUCGAGGAGGUGCCCAUUCUCAUCAAAAACUCCCACCUCAUCACCGCGCUGAUGUGGGAUCUGGAGGACAAGUCCACGGUCGCCGACAAGCACGAACUGCUCAACCUCUCAAGCAGCAACCAUCUGGAGAAGAGUCUUCAGCUGCUGAUGGACCGAGUGGACGACAUGAGCCAAGACAUCGUCAAGUACAACACCUACAGCCGCAACCUGAGCAAGCAACAGCAGCAGAAACACCAGUACCUCCAGAGGCGGCAGCAGGAGAACGCCCAGCGACAGAGCAGAGCGGAGCCGGCGCUGCCUGAGGAGGACAUCAGCAAAAUGUUCAAGCCCCCUCAGCCUCCACCGCGCAUGGACACGCUGCUUAUUGCAGGGCAAAUUAACAACUACUGCCAGAACGUGAAAGAAUUCACCUCCCAGAACCUGGGCAAGCUGUUCAUGGCCGAGGCUCUCCAAGGACACAACUAGAGGAGAAGAAGAGGGGGAUAAAGAAAGAAAGACCACCGUGAGGACAACUGGAGGAACGCAGCGCCUUUAUUUGUUUUCUAAGAAUUUACUUAUUGUUUUUAAGGCUGACUCCAUCUUGGACACAAAUUUAUCUAUGAAGAUCUCUUGAUUUUGAUUUAAAUAAAAGUCUCGCAUCUGGA